AAUUGACGCAGGUGUCGCUUAAAUGGAUUGCAAUUUUUGUUUUGGAUUGUGUGUGCAGUUUACGGGCUGCAUUGGGUCGGUCCGAAAUCGGUUGAUAAUAUAAUUAUAGCAUAAAUUCUAUGCAAAAAAAAAAAAAGAAAAUAAAAAUCAGCAGACAUUUAUUAAAUCUAAUUAAAAGAAUAUUAAAGUGCGCAGAAAAACAUACACAAGAAGUAAUCAAUACAACAGUAUUAUUGUUGCCGAUAAAGUUACCACAACGACAACAGCAGGAAGCAAGAAAUAUACAACAAUUAUUUUUUCCGUGUGGACACGAAAACUAGUUGUAUACCUUCAUUACACAAAAAAAAAAAACAGUUUAACAAACAAACCAAAAAUGGCUACCAUAUCCCGUUUUGUCUUGAAUACUACGGCACCACGUUUGUGUUUUAUUAAAUCAUCAACCAAAACAUCUACUAGACCUUUAAUAGGCCUAUCAAACACUACAUUAUCAAACAACAUCAAUUCAAUCAUCUCUAGCAAACAUCAAAACUCUAUACGAAAAACGUUAACAACUUUGCAAACGGCUGCUGCCAACCUUAACGUAGGCUUCCAACAUACAAAUGCUGCUCAAUUACGUGGUUAUACUUCAGCUCCUAAGGGAGCAACAACAUCUUUUACUGGCACUUCAGCUGCUACUCCCAUGCUGUUAAUGUCCAAAUAUAAACCAUUACAACAAAUACGUAAUUUUUCAAGUUUAAAUAUGCCACUGCAGUCCCAGUGUUCUAAACUAGUUCAUCAAAACGCCAUGGCUCCGUUAAAGAAUCGUCGUUAUAUUUCUUCAAAAGAAAUAACUAAAAAUAUGACUUUAUAUACAAAUGGUACAUUUAAAAGUGAAGUGGAUAGAAAUACAUUAGAGUUUAAAAAACCCACCGGCAAUCCGUUGGUCUUAAUGAUGGCCUGGCUGAUGGCCAAACAGAAGCAUCUUAAGAAAUAUGCUGAAAUCUAUACAGAAUUGGGUUUUGAUGUCAUGGUCGUGCACAUUACACCCUGGCAAUUGUUGUGGCCCGUCAAGGGCACACAAGUGGUGGCUGCAGAAACCCUAAAGUUUUUGGAAAGCAACAAAUCAUAUGAACCCAUUGUAUUGCAUGGAUUUUCAGUGGGUGCCUAUCAAUUUGGUGAAUUAAUGUUACAAAUGUCCAGAGAUAUGGAUCGUUAUUCACAUGUUCUUAAUCGUAUUAUAUGUCAAGUAUGGGAUAGUGCCGCCGAUAUCACCGAGAUACCGGUGGGUGUACCCAAAUCGAUAUUUCCCAAAAAUAUGCGUAUGCAAACGGCACUACGUAAUUAUACACUCUACCAUUUGAAAACAUUCCACAAUCAGGCCACCGUACAUUAUAUGCGUUCGAGCCAAAUGUUCCAUUCUACUUUGUGUAAAAAACCUGCCCUUUUCUUUGUCUCCGACAAUGAUCUAAUCGGACCACCCUCCUCCAAUCAAGUUGUACGUGAGAAUUGGGAGAGAGCUGAUAUUAAGGUAACCUGGAAAUGUUGGAAACAUUCGUUACAUGCCGGUCAUUUAAUGAAACAUCGCGAGGAAUAUUUAGAUUUAUUAUUUAAACAUUUAGAAGAAUGUGGUGUCUUGGAGGCCAUAGGUGUUAAGCAAAGAGCCAAAUUGUAAAUAAUUAUUACAAAAUUAUUUAACAUUAAAAGAAAACAUAAAACGAAAGUUUAAAAAUUAUUUUAUAUGAAUUUAUUUUUGUUUAAAUUAAAUUUAUUGCUUAUGAUGUGAUUUAAUUGGGAUUUUUUUCUUAAAUUGUUUAUUUUUUGUAAACUUUUAUUUUUCGUUUGCGGUACUUGAAUUGGUUUUUUUUUUAUUAUAAAUUUGUUAAAUUAAGUUAUUUUGUGUUUAUGUUGUUAAUUAUAAACAAAUUAUAAUUAUAAAGAAAAAAAAACAAAAGAAAUGAAAUCAUUUUUAAAUAAUGCACCCCCUUUACUCAUUAAUUAAUGUAUUGUAUUACGAAAAUUUUUAAAAUAAAAAAUUAUGAAAAAAAA